AUGAUUAGAAAUGGAUAAUUUGAACUAAUUAAAACUUAAUAAGUAAAUAAAUACUUAUUAUGCCCUAUUUGCAAAGAAGUUUUUAAUAAACCAAUAAGAGCCAUAUGUGGGUAUCAUUCUUUUUUCAAUGUAGACAUACUUUUUGCGAGUCUUGUUUGGAUCCUCAGAUUAAGAUGGAAAAAAGUUGUUCGCUUUGUCUACUUAAACUUGAAAGAUACAAUCAUUUAGACAAAGAUCGUAUAGCUGCAAACAUGAUUGGAGAUUAUUAAGGCAAAUGCUUAGGAUGUAAAUAAUGGGAGGGAACAUUUGCAUAAUUUAAAAAACAUUACAAAUCAUAAUGUAUUCACAUCUCAACUAAAAAUUAAAUACUUCAUGAUACAAUUGAAAUUGAAGAAAAACAUGAUAAUAAAGAUAAAGAAUUAUCAUUUACAUUUAUUGCAAAUAAACAAGAACAAAUUGUUCAAGGUAACUAAAUCAAUGAAAAUUUUGGGCACAUUGAUCAAUCUUAAAAUUUACGAUAAAAAUAAAUGGCUCAAUAAAAUCAGUUCAAUCCUCCUUAGAUGAUAAACUCGAAUAAUAAUCAUUUCCAUGAACAAUUUAAUAAACACAAUAAUAAAAUGGAAUAAAAUAUUGAACAUUUUCAAAAAAUUGUAGAUAAUAUCAAACAUAAUGAAACUUCUGCUUAAAAUAAUAAAGAGACUUAGUUUAAGUUUCCAUAGAUUUAGAAUACUUUAAUUGAUUAAAACAAUCUUUUAAUUCAAGUUGAGUUAAAUACUAGUUAAAUUAAUCAAUAAAAUAACUAAUAAUAAAUGAGUAUUUAAAAUCAAAACUCUAAUCUAGAUGAAACUGCUGAAAAAUAUUUAUAGAUUUAAAAAUAAUCUUUAAUGUUGUAAAAUAAUUUCGAUUAAAAUAAAAUUAUCAAUGAUUUGAAAAAAAUUUCAUAAGAACAAGUUUAAUAAGUAGGAGAUAAUUCAUCAAAUCAAAUUUAGAUUGAAAUCAAUUAAGAAAAUUCAAAUAAGAUAAAUGAAUUUAAAUAAUAAAAUAAAUCUAUGGAAGAAUAAUUUAAAUUAAAUAAUCCUGAAGUUGAAAUAAUUGAUCCUCCAGCUACAUUUUUGAAUAGAGAUCUAAAAAAAAUUAAAGUUACUAAUAAAUUUAAAAUUAAUAUUAUCAAAAAUAAUGUUAAAAUUGCAGAACCUAUGAUGGAUGAAAUAAAUGAUAACUUAUUUAUUGAAUUCGUUAAUUAUAUGAAAAAAGAAAUGGUUAAGAAAUUAAGUGACAGUUAAUACUAUAAUACUUUGCUUGGAUGA